AUGGAGCAGGUUGAUCUGCCAAGAUAUGGAAACGAUUAUAAUCUUACAUAUACUGAGCAAUAUUUUCCUGUUCCACAAUGGGCUGAGAACCCAAGUUGGGGCAUGAUGAUGUUUGGACCUCAUAGCAAUAAUCCUAAUCCUUCUCAUAUGGGUUCUCUGCCUAUGGGUUACAUGCCAAGCUUGGAUGCUAGAAAAUGGAAUGCUCAAUUGGUUGGAUCUGAUGGCAGCUUGUCACCUUCAUCUUCCAAUGGCAACAGCAGAUGUUCAGGCAAUAGCUCGCCAAGAUCGGGAAAAUAUUCUAGAGAUGCAAAUAUACAGGCAGGAAUAAAAACAAAACAGUGCCUUUGGGUACCCAAGACAUUGAGAAUUGAUGACCCAGAUGAGGCUGCAAAGAGUUCUAUAUGGUCUACCUUGUGUAUCAAACCUGAUAAGAAUGCACCUGUACUUAGAGGUGGUAUUUUUAAAGCUUUCCAAAAGAAAUCAGACACUAAAUCCCAAACACCAAAUGCUGAUCGAGUUUUACAAGCAAACCCAGCAGCUGACUCACACUCUCAAUUGUUCCAGGUGACCAUGUCAAGGCGCUGA